AUGAAGGCCUUGGACGCGGAACUGAAGCCUACUCGGACCGGUUUCAACCUUGGGUUCAAGACGAAGUUGACGGAUCGGGACGAGAUGGCCGCUGGUUACAACUACUUUAACAAGCGACUUCAACCUACAAACCGGAUAACAGAGGUAGAAAUGGUGCCGGAAUCUGGAAGGUCCUUUGUGGGAAUGGCCGCGACUAGAAAAGGACGAGUGCAGACCAUUCGUGGUGGAAUAGGUCGUCUGGGGGAUCCCACGAUUCGGGAAAUCGAACUCACUCUGGAUGGAGGAGCAGAGGUUAGCUUGAUUUCCGAACAGAUUGCGGACGAGUUCGCCGACGUGAUAGAGCCAUCCACCCAGGACGUGUAUGGAGUGGGCGGCGAACGACAGCUGGAUCGGAAGCUGGAUCUGUUGGUGGAUGUAGGCGGCAGGCAAGAACCGGUGACUUUCCACGUGCUGCCAGGAUUGAACAGGGUUCUGGUGGGGUACGAAGACCAAAUCAGGCUUGAUCUGGAUAUAAGCUUGCCACGGCGGACGGUGAAGGCUAUUGGAGGGCGCGAGGUACCCCUUUUGGAG